AUGUCAGAGGUCCAGGAGAGAAGUCCAUGUGGCAAGAAACCGAGGGAUGCCUAUGGCCAACUGCACAAGAGGAACUGGAUCUUGCCAUUGCCAUAUGAGUGUCCCAUCUUUGAACCACAGAAUCUUACACAUGUCUCAGAAUUCCUCCUCAUGGGACUCUCAGAUGAUCCAGAACUUCAGGCCCUUCUCUUUGGGCUCUUCCUGUCCAUAUACCUGGUGGCUAUGCUUGGGAACUUGCUUAUCAUCCUGGCGGUUAUCUCUGACUCCCACCUCCACACCCCCAUGUACUUCUUCCUUUCUAGCCUGUCUUUGGUUGACCUUGGUUUCAUCACCACCACAGUCCCAAAGAUGCUGGUGAACAUCCAGACACACAGCAAAUCCAUCACCUAUACAGGCUGCCUAACUCAGUUGUCCUUUUUUUUCCUUUUUGGGUGUUCAGAUAAUCUACUUCUGGCUGUGAUGGCCUAUGACCGGUUGGUGGCCAUCUGUCACCCACUGCACUACCUAGUCAUCAUGAAGCCCCGCCUCUGUGGCUUGUUGGUCCUAGUGUCAUUUUUCAGCAGCUUUUUGGACUCCCAGAUCCACUGCUUGAUGGUGUCACAACUUACCUUCUGCACAAACGUGGAAAUCCCUCAUUUCUUUUGUGACGCCCCUCAACUUCUCCAUCUUGCCUGUUCUGACACUUCCACUGAUAAUAUAUUAAUCUAUUUUACUGGUGCCAUUUUUGGUGGUAUUCCUGUCUUAGGGAUCCUUUAUUCUUAUAUUCAAAUUGUUUCCUCAAUUCUGAGAGUUCCAUCAUCAGGUGAGAGGUAUAAAGCCUUCUCCACCUGUGGCUCUCACCUGUCAGUUGUUUGUUUAUUUUAUGGAACAGCUCUUGGGGUGUACCUCAGUUCAGCUGUUUCAUCUUCCCCCAGGAAGGAAGCGGUGGCCUCAGUGAUAUACUCCGUGGUCAUCCCCAUGUUGAAUCCCUUCAUCUACAGCCUGAGGAACAAAGACAUCAAGAACGCCUUGUGGAAGAUUAUCAACAGAAUAGCCUCACCUCAAGAUCUGUCUUAUCCUUUUGGUUCAUAG